AUGCACCUUUUUUCAAUAUCUUUAUUUUUCUCCUCUUACAUUCUUUUCCUUAAUUUUUCAACCGUUUUUCUUCUUCCUUUUGAUUUUUGUUACUCAGAAUUCUUCUUAUUCUUCCUUUUUACUGACUUUCUUUUUAUCUUCUCUUUUACAUAUUCGUUUUUACUUUCUUCAUAUUCAUUUUCAUCUUUCUCAUAUUGUCUUUUAUUUGAAUCACCUGCUAUCUUCCGCCUCACCUGCUAUCCUCUUACGCCUCAAGCUAUCCUCUUACGCCUCACCUGCUUUCCUCUUACGCCUCACCUGCUAUCAUCUUACGUCCCACCUGCUAUCCUCUUCCGCCUCACCUGCUAUCCUCUUACGCCUCACCGGCUAUCCUCUUACGCCUCACCUGCUAUCAUCUUCCGCCUCACCUGCUAUCCUCUUACGCCCCACCUGCUAUCCUCUUACGCCCCACCUGCUAUCCUCUUCCGCCUCACCUGCUAUCAUCUUACGCCUCACCUGCUAUCCUCUUACGCCUCACCUGCUAUCAUCUUCCGCCUCACCUGCUAUCCUCUUACGCCUCACCUGCUAUCCUCUUUCGUUGCAGCUAUGAUGCGCCCGCACCGUUAG